AUGGCAAAAGAAACAAAAGCCGAAAGCGUUGACAGCUGGUGUUAUGAAGACGAGUUGUCAAUGCUUGAAGCAAAACGCAACGUCUUCUUUGAACUCGUCCAGGGUAUUUAUAAAAAGUCGCUAGUUGCCGAUACAGAUGCAGUGAGUCGCGAAAGUUUUCUUGACGCUGCUGACACUAUCGACGAACUUCGGACGGAGUUCAAAGAGGUGGUAAAUGAGUACAACCGCACGCUACUGAGGACUAAGACAGCUGCUGUCCCUAAUUAUCAGCCGCUCAUAGCCUUUGAAGAUUUGUACUGCCGCAUCAGGAGAGUGGUCAAGCGACUGCAACCAGCCGCACCGCCGGCCUCUUCGUCGCCUUUAUCGGUGGAGAGAGCUAGACCUUCUUUGCCAACGAUGGAACUGGUAGCGUUUGAUGGAGACAUACGUAACUGGCCGCUGUUCUACGCUAGUUUUAAAUCGAGAGUGCACGACAAUCUGUCACUUACCGACGAGGAGAAGCUGUUUUAUUUAAUUGGGAAAUUGUCACCAAAAGCUCAAGCCGUCUUUGCAGGCAUAACUCCGAGCGCUGACAAUUAUCAGCUUAUUCUAGAUAGUCUACUUGACAGAUUUCAAGAUAAGCGCACUCUUGCCUCGACUUACAUGGAUCAAAUGCUCAAUUUGAAGAUUAAUGGUCCCGCUUCCUCGUCUAACUUCCAGACAUUCAUUGAUAAGUUUGUGACAGCUGCGAAUGCGCUUAAAUCGCUUAAGCUGGAUGAUUUAAGCGAUUUUAUGCUUAUGCAUAUAGCUUUAAAGAAGUUAGACCAGGAAACUCUUCGAGCAUUUGAGAUGCUGCAUCGAAAUACGAAGUUGCCUACAUUUCGCGAUCUGUCAGAUUUCAUGAAAAGUCAGUUUAGGAUUUAUCAAAACUCGCAACCAUGUACCGCCGUCUCCGCCGCCGUAAAUCCAUCGCGCGAAAAAGGUGUUAAGUCGAUUCAACCGCGUAGUGCCGCACCUAAACUACAAAGCUACGUUGCUUGCGCGAGCACUACUAAAUGUAUUUGUGACAAUAUUGUCCAUGAACAUUUAUUCAAAUGUCCUUCUUUCAACGACUUAACGUCUUCUGAUCGCUUCAAACGCGCUAAAGAGCUUAAAGCAUGUAUUAACUGCUUAAGCAUUAAACACCGCACCCGCGAGUGCAAUUCCGAGGUGAAGUGUCGAGUUUGUCAUCAAAAGCAUCAUACUCUGUUGCAUUUUGACAAGAACAAGGAUGAAAAAGCUACGACCUCUGAUGAGUCAAAUGCAUCUACGAGCAACGCAGCUAUUAAAACAUCCUCGCCGCCGGAAGGCACGUCCUGUAACACGUCUAUCGUGACGCAAGCACUUGCUGCCUCUAACAAUAAAAUGUCAAAUCAAGACUCAGCAUCUUCGUGUGACACGGUUUUGCUGUCCACCGCAAAGGUCAUCGUUCGCGACAGUAAGGGUGAAACGCAGGUUAUCAAAUGUCUGCUUGACACCGCGUCCCAAAGUAACUUCAUUACUGAAGAAUGUUGUAGGCGCUUAGGUUUAACUUUUGAUAGGAAACCAAGCUCUGUAUUUGGCAUUGGAAAAACCAAGAAAAUUGUUAAAGGGAACGCAAACGUAAAAGUAUUUUCGCGAUUCGACGAUAAUGUCAACUUCGACGUUUCGAGUUUGGUGGUCGAUCGCAUCACCGACGACCUGCCGUCAGUGCCCGUGGACAUGUCAGCACUGACACAUGUUCAUGGUCUCCCUCUAGCUGACGACACGUUGGAUACGCCCGUCGCCAUUGAUGUACUGGUGGGUGCAACUAUAUUUCCACAUUUGCUGCUGCCGCACAUCGUCAAAAGCGAAGUGGACUAUAUGCCACCAGCUAUACAGACGGUACUGGGGUAUAUUUUAAUGGGUUCGGUGCCUGCUUUACAGCCACCGCGUAAAUAUACUUCAGCUUGUUGUACUUCCGUGGAUUCCAUGGACCACCUCCUCAAAAAGUUCUGGGAACUUGAGGAAGUAUCCGCUCCGCCCGCUCAAAGCCAGGAUGACUUUGAAUGCGAGGAAUAUUUCCGCGCCACCACUACGCGCGACGCUAGUGGUAGAUAUACUGUGGCAUUGCCUUUCCGAGAUGACGUGUUCAAGCUCGGAGAGUCGCAUUCGGCUGCUAAGAGGCGCUUUCUUUGUCUUGAAAGGAAGCUAGAGUCAUCGAGUGUGUUACGUGCCGCCUAUGACGAUAUAAUUCGUGAAUACGUCAGUAAGGGUUAUAUAUCGGACGUGACUAACUCUCUCAACGCGAACACCUCUUCAGCCCUCGCAUACAUAAUUCCUCAUCAUGCUGUCGUGCGUGAGGAUAAGACCACUACCAAAGUUCGUAUGGUCCUGGACUCGAGUAGCAAGACAACUACAGGCCUGUCGCUGAAUGAUGUCUUGCACUCAGGGCCCAAUCUUCAAGGGGAUUUAUUUUCAAUCCUCUUGAACUUUCGCUUAUUCAAAAUAGCGCUUUCAGCCGAUUGUCGCCAAAUGUUUUUACAGAUUGGUGUUCGCGAAUCGGACCGCCAGUUUCAACGAAUCUUAUAUAGAUUCCGCCCGGCAGAUCCCAUUUCGACAUACGAAUUUAACCGUGUGUGUUUUGGUAUGAAGUCGAGCCCAUAUCACGCGCUCCGCGUCGUUCGCCAGCUGAUUGCAGACGACGGACAUAAGUUUCCAAUGGCAACAGCGAUCGCAUCGUCCUGCACAUACAUGGAUGACGUAUGCUUCAGCAUUAUGUCAGAUGAUUCGCAACAGCAGGAUGAAUCUGUUGCUAUCGCUGCGGCUAAGGAGCUUAUUGACCUAUUCAAAUGCGGUCAAUUUGAUCUUGUCAAAUGGACCUGCAACUCAGAGACCGUGCUACGUGAGAUACCUGCUUCUCAUAGGGCUUCCGUAGACUUGGAAAUAGACCCAGGAGUCUCGCAAAAGGUCCUUGGCUUGUGUUGGAAUAAAUCUGGCGAUUAUUUCCAUUUCAAGGUGACAGAGCCAGAUCCAACGUGCACUAAAAGGACAAUCUUGUCUGCAGUGGCUCGCCUAUGGGAUAACGUCGGCUUAGUAGCUCCAGUUGUCCUUUACGCAAAACUCCUCAUACAGGAGCUUUGGUUGAUCAAAUGCGACUGGGAUGAGACUCCCCCGACCCAUAUUGUAAAUUUAUGGGAACGAUUUUGUUCUGAGUUGCCAAAAUUGAAUGAAAUUCAUAUACCGCGUCAUCUCGGGGUAGUACAAGGUUGUACUAUAAACCUCUUAGGCUUCGGUGAUGCUUCCGAGCGGGCAUAUGGAGGUGUAGUUUAUCUUCAGGUCAUAAACGGGAAUGAAGUGACAGUUCGAUUGGUGUGUUCCAAGUCGAAGGUCUCUCCCUUGAAGACAGUCUCUGUAGCGAGAUUAGAGCUGUGUGCUGCUGUCCUCCUGGCAAAGCUCAUGCGGAAGGUGCAAGAUAAUUUCGAGCCCCGUUACAACAUUAACGAGAUCUACGCCUUUACUGACUCGAAAGUUGCGCUCUGCUGGAUUCAGUCAUCACCACACCGCUGGCAAACAUUCGUUGCCAAUCGCGUUGUUAAGAUAAUUGAAGCUGUACCGGCCAGCUGCUUCCAUCAUGUGGCGGGCUUAGAAAAUCCCGCGGAUUGCUUGUCGCGUGGCCUGACGCCUGCUAAGCUUGUGGAUCAUCCUUUGUGGUUUACAGGACCGGCUUGGGCAUCCAAGCAUCCAUCAGAAUGGCCUUUAAGGGAGCUCGAUCGAGAGUCCAUCGGAGAAGUGCCGGAGCUUAAGCCUCUUGCACACGCUACUACUACGGAUGUGUCAGAGUCACCACUUUAUUCCCUCGCGCAGCGGAUAUCGUCGUGGUCUCGAUUACUGCGCAUCGUCGUAUACGUGUACCGCAUCCUUAAUCCGAAACCGCUCCCCACGGCCCUUACCCGAUCCGACUUAGAGUUUGCUGAAGGCAAAAUUCUCUCAUCGUUGCAAAACGAACAUUUUUGUGACGAUAUUGAGAAAAUUAAGAGCAAGAAAUAUUGCUCACCUGCUUUACAAAAGCUCAAACCGUUCUUAGACAAAGACGGUCUAAUUCGUGUUGGAGGCAGGUUGACAAAUACAGACUUGCAGUAUUCUCAGAAGCACCCAAUUGUGCUCCCGCGACGUGAUCAUGUAGUCAAUAUGAUCGUUGACUACGUUCACAGAAAGCAUUUGCAUGCUGGUCCCGAGUCAAUGAUGACUAUACUUAGGCUUCAGUAUUGGAUUCUGUCGGCUCGUCGUGUCAUUCGCGACCGCAUUGCCAAAUGCAACACUUGUUUCAGAGCGAAUCCACAAUCGUCUUUUCCGCUCAUGGCAGACUUACCGGGCUGUCGCGUGAAUCAAGUGGAUAAACCGUUUACGCAUACAGGGUGUGAUUAUGCAGGCCCUUUGCAAUAUACGCCUACUCGUGGCAGAGGAGUGAAGAGUCGCAAGGCUUGGUUAUGUAUUUUCACUUGCCUCACUACGCGCUGUCUUCACAUUGAGAUAGCGACGGAAUUGAGUACCGCCAACUUCAUGGCUGCAUUAAAGCGCUUUUUGGCACGCCGUGGUCCCGUCCAAUGCAUGUAUUCGGACAAUGGAACCAAUUUCGUUGGCGCCAAUUCUUAUAUGCGUGACCUCUACAAGUUCUUGGAUGCUCAUCGUCCACUUAUAGAGAUGGAACUAGCGGAGAACCGCAUUGAUUGGAAGUUCAUCCCUCCUGCUUCUGCUCAUUUUGGAGGCGCAUGGGAGUCUAUGGUGAAAAUAGUAAAAAAUCACCUUUUCAAGGUGAUCGGUACGCAAAUACUGACGUACGAAGAACUUCUAACGACGCUUGCUCAGAUAGAAGCGCUCGUUAAUUCCCGGCCCCUAACAGCCUUGAGCAGUGACCCCGCUGAGCCAUCAGCUCUUACUCCUGCUCAUUUUGUCCAUACUGCUCCACUGUUGUCGUUACCUACUCCAUUGGUCGAGUCAGAACACGCAGUCGCUGUGGCCGAAAUCGGCCAUGACAGCAUCAUCAUCAUCAAGUCCUAA